GGAAAAAGGUGACGGUGGCUGACGAGGUCCAAAGCUCCUUCGUUCCCUCUGUUUAUCGUUUCCCUCCUCCUCCGCGGGAGCUGAGCGCCAAACUCAAACUCAUCGGGACCGGCUCUUCUUUGCAGCCGGGACCGAAGGCCGGGCCUACUGGGCUUCUUCACCCUCCCGUCGGGGCAGCGGUCCGACAUGAGUCAAGUUCUGUUCCAGCAGCUUGUUCCCUUGCUAGUGAAAUGCAAAGACUGCGAGGAGAGGAGAGGGAGCGUUAGAGUGAGCAUUGAGCUGCAGUCCCUUUCGAAUCCAGUACACAGGAAGGAUUUAGUCAUCCGUCUGACUGAUGAUACAGAUCCGUUUUUUCUGUAUAACCUUGUUAUAUCUGAGGAAGAUUUUCAAAGUUUAAAAUUGCAGCAAGGUCUCCUGGUGGACUUCUUAGCUUUCCCACAGAAGUUUAUAGACCUCCUUCAGCAGUGUAUGCAAGAACACGCGAAAGAGACUCCAAGGUUCCUGCUGCAGCUUCUUUCUUCAGCCACUCUUUUGGAGAACUCACCGGUCCUUUUAAACGUAGUGGAGACAAAUCCUUUUAAGCAUCUUAUUCACCUGUCACUAAAGCUUUUACCUGGAAAUGAUGUAGAAAUAAAGAAAUUUCUAGCAGGAUGUUUGAAAUGUAGCAAGGAAGAAAAAUUAUCACUGACUAGAUCACUAGAUGAUGUUACCAGGCAACUGCACAUUACACAAGAGACGUUGUCGGAAAAAAUGCAAGAAUUAGAUAAGCUGCGGAGUGAAUGGGCCUCGCACACAGCAUCGCUGACGAAUAAGCACUCUCAGGAGUUAACAGCUGAGAAGGAGAAGGCCUUGCAGACCCAAGUUCAGUGCCAACAGCAGCACGAGCAACAGAAAAAGGAACUGGAAACCCUCCAUCAACGGAAUAUCCACCAGCUACAAAGCAGAUUGUCCGAGUUAGAGGCAGCUAAUAAAGAGCUCACCGAGAGGAAGUAUAAAGGAGACUCGACUGUCCGAGAGCUAAAGGCGAAGCUGGCUGGCGUGGAAGAGGAGCUGCAGCGGGCCAAGCAAGAGGUCCUUUCUCUGAGAAGAGAGAAUUGUACUCUGGAUACUGAAUGCCACGAGAAAGAAAAGCACAUCAACCAGCUACAAACAAAAGUGGCCGUUUUAGAACAGGAGAUCAAAGAUAAAGACCAGCUUGUUCUGAGAACAAAAGAAGCAUUCGAUACAAUCCAAGAGCAAAAGCAGGUGGCUUUAGAAGAAAAUGGUGAGAAAAAUCAGAUACAACUGGGAAAACUUGAAGCUACAAUAAAAUCAUUAUCAGCAGAACUUCUAAAGGCAAAUGAGAUCAUCAAGAAGUUACAAGGAGAUCUUAAAACUCUGAUGGGUAAAUUGAAACUGAAGAAUACAGUUACUAUUCAGCAAGAAAAACUAUUGGCUGAGAAAGAAGAAAUGCUACAAAAGGAGCGAAAGGAAUCACAGGACGCUGGGCAGUUUCUUCGUGCCAAAGAGCAAGAGGUAUGCAGAUUACAGGAACAAUUAGAAACUACAGUUCAGAAACUCGAAGAAAGUAAACAACUUUUGAAAAAUAAUGAAAAAUUAAUCACGUGGCUAAACAAAGAGCUAAAUGAAAAUCAGCUGGUAAGAAAACAGGACACAUUGGGAACCUCUGCCACCCCACAUUCUACUAGCAACAGCACCAUCAGAAGUGGGCUCUCUCCCAAUCUGAAUGUGGUUGAUAGACUAAAUUACCCAAGCUGUGGAAUUGGCUAUCCUGUCUCCUCUGCAUUGACAUUCCAGAAUGCUUUUCCUCAUGUAGUAGCUGCCAAAAACACCAGCCACCCUAUCUCUGGACCAAAGGUUCACUUUAACCUGCAGCUUACAAAACCAAGCGCUUCGAUAGAUGGGCAGCCGGGAGCCGCUGUUAACAGGCCUUGUUCAAAUGAUAAGGAAAAUGGUGAAACUUUAGGAUUGGAAUCCAAAUACUUGAAGAGAAGAGAAGCUAGCAUUCCUUUACGCGGACUUAGCCAGAAUCUGUUGAGUGACUCAGACCAUCAGAAAGACGGCAUGCUGGGAGCGUUCCAGCUAUCUUCCAAACCCACCGUUCUCCCCUCCUCGUCUUCAGCCUACUUCCCUGGGCAGUUACCAAGUAGUUAAUCCAACACCUUUUACUGCUCACCGACAGUUUAGGAAUUCAAGUGAUUUAACAGACUAUUGAUAACAAAAUCAAUUUUUUUCUGGUUCCUGUUAGGUCAUUUGGAUCCUUUAUAAUACUGCUGCCAUUUACAAAUUUAGGAAAUUGAUAAGGAUGCUGAGUAAAUGGUAUUUUUUUUUCUGUGAACAAAACAGAAUGUUUCAAAAAGUCACUGGAUUGUAUCAGAUUCUUACCAGUUGGUCUGCUUAGGGACACUUUAUCAAGAUACACCUGCAGGGAAUAUAAACUGAAGACUUGUGAUUCAUUCGAUCAUUUUUAUUGUAAAAAAAAAAAAAUCUUAAUCUGCCACCUGAGAGCUGGGAGAGCUUCCACCUGUGACCAUUGAGCCUUACAUUGACUUUACAUUCAGUUCUCAUACAACUUUCAAAGUUUUUUUUUUUUUUUUUUUUUUGAGACAGGGUCUAUUAUUAUGUAGUUCAAGCUGUCCUGGAACUGGCUAUGUAUGUAGACCAGGCUGGCCUCAAACCCAGAUCCACCUGCCUCUGUGUCCCAAGACCUAGGACUAAAGCUGUGUACCCACCAAGCCUGAGUUACACAAUAUAUUUGGUUUAUAAUUUCUCCUCCCAGAUGGUCUCCAGUUUCCUACCCACCCAAUUUUAUGUUCUUUCUCCCUUAAAAAAGAAAAUAAAAAUAACCAAUCAGUAAGAUAAAAAUAUCAAACCAGCCGGGCAGUGGUGGCGCACGCCUUUAAUCCCAGCACUCGGGAGGCAGAGGCAGGCGGAUUUCUGAGUUGGAGGCCAGCCUGGUCUACAGAGUGAGUUCCAGGACAGCCAGGGCUGUACAGAGAGACCCUGUCUCGAACCCCCUUCCCCCCCCCCAAAAAAAAAAUCAAACCCAAAACAGUGUAUUCGACCUUGUGCUAGUCAAGUCCUGGGUAUGGGCAUUUGGAGUUUGGUUGAUGUACCUAGUGACACUCUUAAGGAUUUUGAGUGAAAUUAAGUAUUCAUAGUGAGUAAAUCAUUUUCUCUGAAAUAAUUUUUAUAUAAAAAUCAUUGGGACAGUGUAUUUACAUGACUGAAGUGCUUUAGUCAUCUGGGCAUUCCAUAAAGAUCAUCAGUGUAAUAACACCAUAAAAGUUCAUGGGACUUUUUAUAAUAUUAAAAUUUGUCAUCAGUGUUAAUAAAGCAGGAGGAGAGUUAACUAUUGGAAAUUACAACUUCCUCACUAUUAAAAACUUCCAAGAACUAUUCCUUUGAAAUUAAGUAGUUUUAAAAAACAAAAUGAAACAAAAAACCAAAAACAACCCUCUAUAAUCUUAGAGGUCUAAUUUUGUUUUCUUGUUGACAACCACCCAAAGGAAAUUAAAAUUCCAAGACCCCAAAAAUCUUAUCUGUAAAAUGUUAACAAUCAUGUGAUAUUUUAAGUUUCAAGGGGCUGAAGAGAUGGCUUAGUGAUGAUCGGCACUAGCUACUCUUUUCAGAGGAUGUGGGUUCUAAUCCCAGCACCCACAUGACAGCUCACAAUUUUGUCACCCAGAGUGCAUCAGGCAUGCAUGUGGUUUCUAGGCAAAACAUUUAUACACAUUUUUUUUCAAGUACUUUACACUGUUGCAGACAUUUUGAGACAGUGACGUAGAAUCUUUAGCCUCACUUUCAGGAUGAUGGCUAUUGCUAGCUGUCUUCAACGAGGGCUGUUAUCACAGUUCAGUGAUGGGAAGAAUAUUGCUAUAACUACUUGAAAGCACUUAUUCUGGAAAGAAGUCUCUCUAUGCAGCACAGGACUGUUGUAAAUACUAUAGAAUAAACCUAAGAGCUAUGGCAGCCUUUGGAAAGGGAUACAAGACAUAUAUAGCUUUUUAGAAGAGAUACCCUCCCCUUACUAUUUAUAAACCUGUUUCCACGAUAGGACAGCUCAUUUCCACGCAGGGUGUUGGUGACCUGUCUCUGUGCUAAGUGUCCACACACACAGAUAGCGCCAACUCUCUGCUCUACCUCUUCUGCUUUUGUCUGAAAUUGUUUUGUGUUGUAUAACUGUACAUGUGUUAACCAUCAGAAUGUUGCUUUUUGCUAUUUCUGAAAGCUGUGACCUUUGUCAAUAAAGCACUGAGGCUUGAGCGUUUUAUAUGCAAGAAGCAUGUUUAGGAAAUAAAAGACUAACUGUGCUUAGGAAAUCAAGCAUUUCCGGUUGACCUACACACUUCGUUAUUUUUAUCUUCAGGCUUUUUGUUUUGUUUUUGGUGAGGUGAGGUGAGGGCAGCAAAUGGAUUGCAGAAGGUAAGUUAAGGUAAGAGGAUUUGUUACUGUAACAAAGCCUAAACCGGCCUUACAGGGAGGGACUCACAGAUCAAGACCUUUU